GCCCAGUCACUAUUCAUACCUCGUUCCUGUGAGUCUCUCCUCCAACGAAGCGAGUGAUUUAGUAUGCGCCACAUAUUGUCUAGUGUUACACCCAGCUCAGACUAUACUUUUACCCGCUGAGUCGCACUCCCGUCCAAGCUCUCCCCAACAUCAUCACCUUUUGCCCGCCUACUUGCUUCCCGCCAUACGAACGCCGAAGCCUUAACUAAAUUGGGUUCAGCGCGUCGGCAUUCUGCUCCCCGUUUCCUGCCCAGCCCGCGUACGUGGCUGCUCUCUAGUGCCUGGGACGAGGGACAGCCGCCCUGGUGGGAGCUCGUUCGUUAUUUUCCUGGGCCACCUGGACAUGUUUGACUGAUUAUUUCUCAGUAGUUCUCUGGGUCGUUCGCAGCUUGCCCACAACUGCGAUAUGGCUCCCCUAAAGGGAUUGGCGACGUCGAUAUUAGCGCUUGGACUCUCCUUCCCAUUUGCGCUCGCAGCGCAGGGAUACCCUCCUCCAGUUCGGGACCAGAAAGAGAUCAGAUCCCCACACAAUCCCAAUGUCUACAUUCGCUACAAGAGCCCAACAUCAGAGAUUUGCAGAACAGUGAGCACGAGACAGAAGCAAUUUACAGGCCACAUUCACCUUCCUCCCUUGACAUUGGCACCGGUGCAACAGAAUUACCCAAUAAAUACCUUUUUUUGGUUCGUUGAAGCCCAGGAAAACCCAGAAAGUGCGCCCUUGACAAUAUGGCUCAACGGCGGCCCUGGUAUGUUGUCGUUCUUCUUCUUGUCGGGAUACCCUUUUCUUCUAGGUUUGAGGCUGAAGAUCUCAAUCCGGUGACUUCUAGGUAGCUCUUCUUUGAUCGGUAUGUUCACUGAGCUGGGGCCUUGUGAGGCUGUGCCGGCAAACCGUGAUUCGAUCACCACAAGGGUAAGACCGUUCAGCUGGGACAAAGCAAGCAAUAUGCUGUUCAUUGAUCAAGUUAGUUAUCGCGUUCGCUCCCAAUCGAGAAGGGUAAUCCCAACUAACGUGUACAAUGUAGCCAAACCAAGUAGGUCUUUCCUUUGAUGUUCCUACCAACGGCACACUAGCCCUGCUCGAUCCGAAUGGAACAUACCGACCAAACACCACAGCUCCAACAAAUACCAGACACUACGGCGACCUCGGUUAUACCGACGAGCAAUUUGCAAAUCUAGAAGAAUAUAGUGACAUAAUAAGCAAGAUUGUCCUUCUCAACGGGACCUUUCCCUCGGGAAAUCAGGGGUUUACAGCAAACACGACGGAAAUAUCCGCUAUGUCUGCCUGGCACUUUUUACAAGCCUGGCUGAUUAACUUUCCUCAAUACAACCCGAAUUCCACUGGCAUUAAUCUUUUCGCAGAGAGUUACGGAGGAAAAUACGGGUGAGAUUUCAUGACGUAAGUGAAACCUCUAGAGUGCUAAUAUCUUAUCAGACCAAAAUUCUCGGCCUAUUUCGAGGAGCAGAACGAAAGGCGUGAAACUGGACAGCUUUCGAAGAAUAAUACGGUGGAACUUCACCUUGAAUCUCUUGGGAUAAUUAAUGGCUGCGUGGAUAGCGCCAUCCAAACACCCUGGUAUCCUAGAUAUGCCAACGCAAACCCAUUCGGAAUCAGGGUUAUCAGCGAUAAGGUGCGGGACGCGGCAUUGAACGAUUAUUCUAAACCAGAUGGCUGUCUUGCCAGAAUCCAGCAGUGCAGGUCGCUUCUGAAUGGGUCCGAUCCCCAAAACUUUGGGGAUUCAGAUACUGUCAACAAAGCUUGCGGUAGCGCAGACACGUACUGUAGUUAUAUCCGGGAUGUGUACGCGACUAGCGGCAGGUAGGGUCUCUCAACCUCUCGGCGAAUGAUACUUGCUGACUGCUAUGCUUAAAGGGGGUAUUACGACAUUGCAUCUGAUAGGGGAGAUCCGUUCCCCUACUAUUACUACAAGGAAUAUCUGAACAACGCGACAGUCCAGCAAGCGAUUGGGACGCCGGUAAAUUACACGGAGAGCAAUAGCUACGUUUAUCAAGCGUUCGGCAGCAGUAGGUCACACAUUACCAGGAUUUUUUCCGUCAUAUAUUAUCACACUAGAAUAUAAAACUGAAAGGGGUUACUAGCUGGCGAUUUCGUUCGCGGCGGAGAAGUCGAGGAUAUUGCGUAUCUGCUAGGCAGAGGGGUCAAAGUUUCGCUUAUAUACGGUAUGUGCGACAAACACUCACCCACCACUCUUGACCGAUCAUUUCAGACCAGCUGACGAGUAGGCAAAUCAGGUGAUAGGGAUUACAUUUGCAAUUACAUGGGCGGGGAGGCAGUCAGCCUCGCCAUAGACUACCCCCACAAAGCCGCAUUCCAGGCCGCGGGGUACGAAGAUAUCCGAGUGAACUCGUCCUACGUCGGCGGACAGGUCCGUCAGCACGGAAACUUCUCUUUUGUGAGGGUUUACCAGGCGGGGCACCUGGUCCCUUCAUACCAACCCGAAACAGCAUACAUUAUAUUCGACCGUAUGAUCCGCGGAUUGUCCAUCGCCACGGGCGAUAAAAUCACGCGGUCUGGAUCAAACAUAUAUUCCACAACCGGAUCCCCAAACACCACUACCACAUUGAGGCCCCCAGACCGCUUUCCACCGGUCUGCUUCGUUAGGGAAAUAGAGACAUGUAGCUUGGAUGAGUUUUUUAUGAUCGGAGGGGGGAAGGGCGUGAUAUACAAUGGCGUUCUCCACAAUAGUUCUUCCGAGGGUGGCGGUGGCACACAGAGAGGGGAUGAGAAUGCAACCACCGGGGAUGACGGUGAAGAAGGAGGGGGUUCGGCGUUGGCACUAGGCGCGAGAAAGGCUUCCAUAAUGGCUCUGGCGCUCGCAUUGGCCAUAUGCAUCGGAAGUCUUUGA